GCGUUUAUCCGCAGAUCUCACACUACACAUCGCAAUCGACAAGUAGACAUUGACUAGUAACGUAAGGAAAAAUGGCACCUAAAGCGGAAGAAUACAACGAAGACGAGCUGCAGCCGCCACAGUGGUUGGAUAGUGAGUUUAUUGCGAUAGUAUUGCAGAACAGCGAGCGAGACGCGGAUGAUCUGCAGGUGAAAAGCUUCAAAAUCAGUCCCGCCACUGUCAAGGGCGACCACUAUGCCAGCGUAAUGUUUCGAGCAUUUGUGGAGUACCGCAUAGGCGGAGAGGAGAAGAGCAAAUCGAUGAUCAUCAAAACAAUGCCAGAGGUUGAAGGCCACAAAAAAGAUAUGUUGGAGAAAUUUGACAUAUUCGAGAUUGAGAUCGGCAUGUACACUAAAGUACUGCCGCGCUUCGAAAAGCAACUGCGUGAUAUUGGCGAUAACACAACGCUAAGGGCACCGGUACUCUACCAUGCGCUGUCGCCACACAAGCUCAUCGUUUUUGAGGAUAUCGUUCCUCUGGGCUACAAUGUAUUGCGUGGCCGUUUUGCGAAUGAGGAGGAAGUAAAAGCCGCCUACGCCAAACUAGCCAAAUGGCACGCGAUUAGCCACAAAAUAAUAAAGGAGGAGCCACACUAUUUCGAUGAAUACCGCCACAGCUUCUUCUCACAGGAUGGUAUUAAGGAGAAUCCAUUUUUCGCACAAAGCACGAAAAACUUUGUUGAGUUCAUGCGAAGAACACCGGAACUAAAGGAGUAUUUACCGACUUUCGAAAAACUGAACGAAAAGGUUAAUCUUCUCGAUGCGACUACGUCUUCCUAUAGAGAAUAUCGGGAUGCACCGCAAGAUGACGCCUACUAUGUGCUCUGCCAUGGUGAUUACCAUAUCAAAAAUAUGAUGUUCAAGCAUAAUCCAGACACCGGCGCGUUUGAGGACGUUAUGCUCUUGGACUUUCAAUUCUCCCACGUCGGCCCAAUGACGAGUGAUUUGAUAUACUCCAUAUUCAUGCUGUUGGAUGAUAAGCUGCGGCCUCGAAGAGCAGAAUUCUUAUAUCACUACUUUACGAUAUUCAAGGAAACUCUUGAAAAGAUUGGAUACAAUGGUCCCGCACCCAGUUUGAUAAAAUUCCGAGAAAACUUGUUCCGCCACAGAUAUACAGAACUGUUAAUAAUGAUUACCUUCCUUCCAAUGUGGCCUAAAUUCUGUCGAGGAGAGCUUUCACCAGAUUCGCUAAUUACCGACAAGGAAUACGCUCUAAAGAUUUUUGACAAAGAAUACCUCGAUGAGUUGCUGCGCAUUUUGCCGAACUAUUUGCAUUUGGGUUACCUCGAUGUUUAGUGUCAAAUUUGUAUUUACAGUAAGUUUCUAUCAGAUUGCAAAUAUUUUUGUAUUUUCUGUGCUGAUUAGUGAUCUGCCAUUAUGUAUAAAGAAUGUAUAUAUAGUAUGUCGAUUAAAAAAUAAAGUAACAAAAUGCAAAGCCAACACAAAUAAUA